CGUUUUGAUGUUACUUUGAUGAUUGCAUUGCUCACAAAUCUUACUAAGUUGAGUCAUUAUGACAACACUCCUUUAGAAAAUGACACUUCACCAUCGGCUGAUUUAGCAAGGAUAAAAUAUUAUAGGAAUUAUAUAUCACAUCACAUAUCACACAAGAAAGAUGGGAAGAUGGACAGUGUAUUUUUUAACAAAGCAUGGGACGAUAUAAGUUGGGCUGUAAGAAGAUUAAGUGACCAAGACAUGCAGGAUGAAUGUAUAGAGCUGAAAACAAAAUGUUUAGACCGAUCUACAGUGCCUUGGAAUAUAAGAGUACAAAUCAAUCAAAUUUUGGAAGAAUGGAAGGUAAAUGCUGGUAACUUUGUCGAGACCAAAGCUGCCAAACAUGUGCUUGAUUGUGUACAGGGAAACAAUUGUGUUGCUAUUACUGCUAGCUCUGGUGUUGGGAAGACAGCAACUCUACGACAUGUGGCUUUAAAAAUGGCAGCUGAAGGCUACGAUAUACAACUGGUAACCAGUCCACAUGAUAUUGUUAAGUUUUACAAUCCAGAUCUGAAAACUUUAUUUGUUGUUGACGAUUUUUGUGGAAUUUAUUCUAUAAACCAGUCGGACUUAAACAGUUGGGAAACCGUUAUUGAGGUAUUAAAGUGCUCAUUCAAAAUAAAGUAACGAAAAUAAUGGUCGCUUGUCGAUUACAAGUGUAUCAGGAUGAACAGUUUGAAUCUUUGUCUAUUUUCAAGACAUGCGUAUGUAACUUGCAAUCAGAAAAUUUAUGUUUAUCAAAAACAGAGAAACAGUCAAUAGCAGAAGUAUACAUGGAAACAGAUGCUUCCGAAAUUAUUCAGUUCUGUGAUUUAUAUGAAUGUUUUCCGCUUCUCUGUAAAUUGUAUAAUGAUAAUUCUGAACUAAAUAUGAAAUAAUUCUUCCAGAAUCCAUUUCCAGUUUAUGAGGGAGAGAUUGACAAUUUGCAUAAAAGAGGACAUUUUAAGAAAUAUUGUUCCUUGGCUUUGUGUGUCAUGUUUAACAAUAGAUUGGACGAGGAAUUGUUGACCGAGGAGGUAAAUAUAGUAAUAAGAACAAUGAUAGAAAACACAUGUGAGGCCUGUAAACUGGACAGAGGAACAUCUCGACUUAUUCUUCUAGAUGAAUUGAAGUCACUUGAAAAUACUUUCUUAAGGAAGGAACAUAAUGUAUACAAAACAAUACAUGAUAAAUUAUUGACUUUUUGGUUUACUAUUUUGGUAAAAAAAUUAUCCAGUGUUUAUUAUUGAAUGCAGACAGUUGGAUUAUUUCAGAAAGAUUUUUAUUAGAAAAAAAAGCUGGCAUGGCUCAGUUUAUCACUGUCGUACCAUCUAAAUACCAACCGUUGUACAUAGGGAGAAUGAUUCAUGACUGGUCUGAAGGAAAAGUAGCGAUCGUGUUUCAAAAUAUUAAUAUGAAAGUACCAGAGUUCAGACAGAAAUUCCUAUGUCAUUUAAAAAAACUUGAUAUUUCACUACAAAAACAAUUGGCACUGACCUAUGAUGUAAAUUACAAAGAUAAUACAUUGUUAAAGAGUUGUCGCCUUCAUGAUAUUCCUUUUAUUCAGUGGUGUAUCAAUCAUGGUGUCGAUUGUAACCAGUGUAGUUGUGGAGGUGUGUGUCCAUUGCAUGUAUCCGCACAAGGAGGUCAUACAGAGGCUGUGAAUGUAUUACUGAAAACUAAGGCAGAUAUCAAUACGUGUUCAGAUGAAGGAAUAUUUCCUUUGUAUUUAGCAUGUCAAAAUAAUCAUAUAGAGACCGUAAAAGUUUUACUGGAUAACAAGGCAGACAUUAACAAGUGUAUUGAUGAUGGAACAUCUUCCUUGUAUAUUGCUUGUCACUAUAAUCAUAUAAAGGUAGCACAGGUAUUGCUGAACAACAAGGCAGAUAUUGAUAAGUGUAGAAAUGAUGGAACAUCUUCUGUGUAUUGUGCGUGUCACAAUAAUCAUAUAGAGAUGGUAAAGGUAUUAAUUGAUAACAACGUGGACAUUAAUAAGUUUGACAAUAAUGGAUUAUCUCCUUUGUGCAUUGCCUGUUACAAAAAUAAUUUAGAGAUUGUACAAAAUUUAUUGGAUAACAAGGCAGACAUUCAUAAGUGUACGGAUGAUGGAGUAUCUCCGUUGUUUAUUGCUUGUCACAAUAAUCAUAUAGAUACAGUAAAGAUAUUAAUAGAAAACAAGGCUGACGUUAAUAAAUGUAAAGAUAAUGGAACACCUCGUUUGUUGAUUGCUUGCAAGAAUAAUAAUAUAGAGAUAGUAAAAGUAUUACUGGAAAACAAGGCAGAUAUUAAUAAGUGUACAAAUGAUGGAGUAUCUCCUUUGUAUAUUGCUUGCCAGUAUACUCAUAUAGAGAUAGUAAAGGUAUUAAUUGACAACAACGCAGACAUCUUUAAGUGUGAAUGUUAUGGAACAUCUCCUUUAAUUGUUGCUUGUAACAAUAAUCAUUUGGAGAUAGUUCAGUUAUUGCUGAACAAAGAGGCAGACAUUAAUAAGUGUAGUGAUGAUGGUCAAUCUCCCCUGUAUACUGCUUGUAACAAUAAUCACACAGAGAUUGUAAAGAUACUUCUGGACAACAAGGCAGACAUUAAUAAGUGUACAUACAAUGGGGCAUCUCCUUUGUUUAUAGCUUGUUACAAUAACCACAUUGAUACAGUAAAGGUUUUACUAGACAACAAUGCAGACAUUAAUAAGUGUACAUAUGAUGGAACAUCUCCUUUGUUCAUUGCUUGUGACAAUAAUCAUGUAGAGACAGUUAUUGUAUUACUAGAAAACAAAGCAGACAUUAAUAGGUGUAAAGAUAAUGGAACAUCUCCGUUGUAUAUAGCUUGUCACAAUAACCAUAUCAAUAUGGUAAGGAUAUUACUAAGCUACAAGGCAGACAUAAAUAAAUGUAAAGAUAAUGGUACAACUCCGUUGACUGUUGCUUGUGGUAAUGAACAUAUAGAGAUAGUUAAGAUAUUACUGGACAAUCAGGCAGACAUUCAUGAGUAUAAAGAUUUUUCUUUCUUCAAGAAUAAUGAUGGUAAGAAUCAAUUGGCACUUACCUAUGAUGUAAAUUACAAAGAUAAUACAUUGUUAAGGAGUCGUCACCUUCAUGAUAUUCCUUUUAUUCAGUGGUGUAUCAAUCAUGGUGUCGAUUGUAACCAGUGUAGUUGUGGAGGUGUGUGUCCAUUGCAUGAAUCCGCACAAGGAGGUCAUACAGAUGCUGUGAAGGUAUUACUAAAAACUAAGGCAGAUAUCAAUACGUGUUCAGAUGAAGGAAUAUUUCAUUUGUAUUUAGCAUGUCAAAAUAAUCAUAUAGAGACCGUAAAGGUUUUACUGGAUAACAAGGCAGACAUUAACAAGUGUAUUGAUGAUGGAACAUCUUCCUUGUAUAUUGCUUGUCACAAUAAUCAUAUAAAGAUAGCACAUGUAUUGCUAAACAACAAGGCAGAUAUUGAUAAGUGUAGAAAUGAUGGAACAUCUCCUUUGUAUUGUGCGUGUCACAAUAAUCAUAUAGAGAUGGUAAAGUUUAUUGCUAGUCACAAUAAUCAUAUAGGGACAGUAAAGAUAUUAAUAGAAAACAAGGCUGACGUUAAUAAAUGUAAAGAUGAUGGAACACCUCGUUUGUUGAUUGCUUGCAAGAAUAAUAAUAUAGAGAUAGUAAAAGUAUUACAGGAAAACAAGGCACAUAUCAAUAAGUGUACAAAUGAUGGAGUAUCUCCUUUGUAUACUACUUGCCAGAAUACUCAUAUAGAGAUAGUAAAGGUUGUAAUUGACAACAAGGCAGACAUUUUUAAGUGUGACUGUCAUGGAACAUCUCCUUUAAUUGUUGCUUGUCACAAUAAUCAUUUGGAGAUAGUUCAGUUAUUGCUGAACAAAGAGGCAGACAUUAAUAAGUGUAGUGAUGAUGGUCAAUCUCCACUAUAUACUCCUAGUAACAAUAAUCACACAGAGAUUGUAAAGAUACUUCUGGACAACAAGGCAGACAUUAAUAAGUGUACAUACAUUAAUGCAUCUCCUUUGUUUAUAGCUUGUCACAAUAAUCACAUUGCUACAGUAAAGGUUUUGCUAGACAACAAUGCAGACAUUAAUAAGCGUACAUAUGAAGGAACAACUCCUUUGUUCAUUGCUUGUGACAAUAAUUAUUUAGAGACAGUUAUUGUAUUACUAGAAAACAAAGCAGACAUUAAUAGGUGUAAAGAUAAUGGAACAUCUCCGUUGAAUAUAGCUUGUCACAAGACCCAUAUUAAUAUGUUAAAGAUGUUACUAAACUAUAAGGCAGACAUAAAUAAAUGUAAAGAUAACUCCGUUGAUUGUUGCUUGUGGUAA